UUCAACAGUUCAUUGUUGACGGCUAUACUAUGGUUGAGUCUGCGAGACUAAAAUUUGUGAGGACGCAUCAGAAACAACUCCGUUGUGAAAUGUAUAAGGGUCUCAGCGAUGCUUUCUUACGGGGUGAAAAUGAUUCACGCACACAGGGGAGGAGAAUUGUAUUACCUCCUACUUUCACUGGAGGUGCACGAUAUAUGAUACAGAAUUAUCAGGAUGCCAUGGCCAUAUGUAGAUGGGCAGGUUAUCCAGAUCUAUUUAUUACAUUUACCUGUAACCCAAGGUGGCCAGAGAUUGAUCGUUUUCUCCAUUCGAGAGGUUUGAGACCUGAAGAUCGGCCUGAUAUUGUCACUCGAGUUUUCAAGAUUAAGUUGGACGAUUUGAUUCAGGAUAUGAGGAAAAAAAAAUGUUUCGGCGUUGUAAGGGGAGGUAGGGGAGCUAACUUUAAUUAAUUAUUCAGAAUUCAUAAUUUAAUAGAUAAAUACUGACAAUUUGUUUUUACUUUUCAGUGGUCUACACGAUAGAAUUCCAGAAACGGGGAUUGCCUCAUGCCCAUAUUUUGUUGUGGCUAUCUGCGGAGCAUAAGUUGCCAUCACCUGAUGAUAUUGAUAGGGUGAUUUCUGCUGAGAUUCCUGAUGUUAACCGUGAUCCGUUGUACUAUGCUGCGGUAGGGGAUUUUAUGAUGCAUGGCCCCUGCGGGGGUGCAGUUAGGUCUGCGCCUUGCAUGGUUGAUGGAAGGUGCACCAAAUACUUCCCUAAAAAAUGGUGUUCUGAGACAUCAGUUGAUGACGACGGUUACCCGGUUUAUAAACGUGUUCGUAAUAAUCGUGUGAUCCGCAAGAACAAUGUGGAUUUGGACAAUAGGUUUGUUGUCCCCCACAAUCGAUAUUUGUUGAUGAAGUAUGGUGCACAUAUGAAUGUAGAGUGGUGUAACCAGUCAAGGUCGAUAAAAUAUUUGUUCAAGUACAUUAACAAGGGGCGUGAUCGAGUUACAGCCGCCUUUUACAAGACUGCGAAUGGUGAUAUGCAACACAAUGCUGUUGAUGAGAUUCAAAUGUAUUAUGAUUGUAGAUACAUUUCUCCCUGCGAAGCUGCCUGGAGGGUCUAUGGUUUUGAGAUUCAAUACAAAAACCCUCCUGUUGAGCGAUUGAGCUUUCAUUUGCCGAAUGAGCAAUCAAUAGUUUUUAAUGAUGACCAGCCACUAGACUUGGUUGUUAAUACCACGUCUGUUAGGGAUAGCAUGUUCACUGCAUGGAUGGAGGCCAAUAAAACAUAUCCCGAGGCCAGAUCAUUGACGUAUUCUGAGUUCCCCCAAAAAUUUGUUUGGAACAAAAAAAAGAGGGAAUGGACUCCUAGAAAAAAGGCAUUCGCUAUUGGUAGAAUUUAUUAUGUCCAUCCUGGGAGUGGUGAGUCUUAUUAUCUCAGGUGCCUGUUGAAUCACAUUCGUGGUGCAAUGUGUCACGAAGAUCUCCGAACUGUUGCUGGUGUGAUAUAUGUUUCAUUUCGUGAGGCGUGUUAUGCCUUGGGGUUACUGGAUGAUGACAAGGAAUUCAUUGAUGCUUUCAAGGAAGCAAGCUUUUUCUCAUCAGGCUUUUACAUGAGAAUUUUAUUCGCUAUUCUUUUGUGGACGGAGUCAAUGUCUAGACCCGAAUCUGUAUGGCAACAUUGCUGGAGGUACAUGGCGGAUGACAUACAACACACACGAAGACGAUUGUUGCAACAUCCAGAAUUGAUUCUUUCUGAUGAGCAAUUGGAGAAAUUAGCUUUGGCUGAAUUAGAGAAAUUGUUGCGAGGUCGUGGAAAGAGUUUGCGAGAUUACCCUCCGAUGCCAACGGUUACGAUGGAUUCACUGCUUUCUUCCAAUGACAGAAUGAUAUACGAAGAGUUGAGCUAUGACCGGAUCGCAAUGACUGAGGAACAUGCAACAUUGGUCGGUUCCCUGACGGAUGAGCAAAUGUGUGUAUAUGAAACGAUAAUGCAUUCCGUGGAAGAGGAGGUAGGAGGUGUUUUUUUUGUGUACGGGUAUGGUGGGUCUGGAAAAACAUUUGUUUGGAAGACGCUUUCUGCCGCCCUUAGGUCUAAGGGUGAGAUCGUCCUUAAUGUCGCAUCGAGUGUGAUUGCUUCCCUGCUGCUACCCGGUGGACGUACUGCACAUUCUCGAUUUGCGAUUCCAAUUAGUUUGAAUGAAGAUUCCACCUGUAAUAUUAAACAAGGGAGUCCUCUUGCUAGACUUAUUGUACGGAGCAAACUUAUUAUUUGGGAUGAGGCUCCAAUGUUGCACAAAUUUUGUUUUGAGGCAUUGGAUCGCAGCAUGAGGGAUAUAAUGCAAUUUCACAAACAAAAUAGCGUCACUGUGCCUUACGGUGGAAAAACUGUGGUAUUCGGGGGUGACUUCCGGCAAGUACUCCCUGUGAUACCUAAUGGGAGUAGACAAGAUGUUGUUAAUGCCACCAUCAAUUCCUCUUAUUUGUGGUCUAAUUGCACUGUUCUUCGUUUGACCAAAAACAUGCGUCUGCAGAAUUUGACAAGUGAGGAUGAAUCAUACGAUUUGAAGAAGUUCUCGGAGUGGAUUGCGAGUAUUGGUGAUGGCGUUUUGGGUGAAGAAAAUGAUGGAUUUGUGUCGAUUGAUAUUCCAGAGGAUCUAUUGAUUCACACUAAUGCUGAUCCUAUAGCUGCCAUUGUGGAAAGCAUCUUCCCCGAGUAUGUAGCAUCCGCAAAUGACGUUAGUUGUUUGCGUGACCGUGCAAUAUUGGCCCCAACACUUGCCGUAGUUGAAUCUGUUAAUGAUUAUAUGAUGGGUCUCAACGUUGGUGAAGUAUCCAGGACAUAUCUUAGUUCAGACAGCGUGUCGAAAGUAGAUUCUACUACCGACCUAAUGGCAGAACUGCACACGCCCGAGUUCCUAAACAGUAUUAAGUUGUCUGGUGUGCCGAAUCACAAAUUGACAUUAAAGGUUGGGACCCCAGUCAUGCUUCUCAGAAAUAUAGAUCAUUCAAUGGGGUUGUGUAACGGCACUCGGUUGAUUCUCACCAGGCUUUGCGAUCAUGUGCUCGAGGGGAAAAUUUUGACUGGUCUAAGUUCUGGACAAAAAGUGUUGAUUCCUAGAUUGUCCUUAACUCCCUCAGAUCCCAACUUGCCUUUCAGGUUUCAAAGGCGACAAUACCCCAUUAUGAUUUCAUAUGCAAUGACUAUAAAUAAAAGUCAAGGUCAAUCGUUGUCCAGGGUGGGGUUGUUGCUGAAGAAACCAGUUUUUACUCAUGGACAGCUGUAUGUUGCGGUUUCAAGAGUGACUAACAGGCGUGGUUUGAAAAUACUUAUAUGCAAUGAGAGUGGCACGACGACUAAUUCCACUCAAAAUGUUGUUUACAAAGAAGUUUUCAAUAACCUCUGAAGUUGAAUAGCUUUGGUUUUAACACUCCGCUUGGGUCUUUUGCAUAAUUGUUUUGGUUCAGAUUGUUAUUUAAUUCCUUUGUGUAACGUUUCCUUAAUCUUCAAUUAUGUGCUUGCAACGGUGCUAUACUCUAAAGCAUGAUUUUAGUUAUUAAAAAAAACCUUUGUGUUGAUGGUGUUGAAAACAAUUAUCACAAAGGUAAUAUGGGAUAGAAAUUCACCUACCGUGCAACGCACGGGUGAAUUACUAGUUCUUGGUAAUGCCAAAAUACGGUUAGAUGGUUUCAGAAGAGUAGUAUUUUACUCCUAUUUGGG